CGCUACCCAAUGGAAACGGAAAGCCGCCUUUCUUAGACUCGGGAUUGGCUUAUCGCCGCGAAUAAUAGCACGGCGAGGGCGGAGACAGCCUAUCACGUGCUGCGGGGCGGAACGGGGCGGGGCAGGCCGCUGGUUGCGGGGUGAGCGGGGCUCGCGGCGCGCAGGCGCCCUGGGGACCCGGUAGCGGCGGCGGCGGUGGCAGCGGUGGCUGCGGCGGCGGCGGCGGCGGCGGCCGGAUCGCUGAUCGGAGCGGGAGGCGGCGGCGGCGGCGGCGGCGGCGGUAGCAGCCAUGGCGGCAGAUGGAGAGCGUUCCCCUCUGCUGUCCGAACCCAUCGACGGAGGCGCUGGCGGCAACGGUUUAGUGGGGCCGGGAGUGAGUGGGGCUGGGCCCGGGGGAGGCCUGACCCCCUCCGCCCCACCGUAUGGAGCCGCAUUUCCCCCAUUCCCCGAGGGGCAUCCUGCUGUGCUGCCCGGGGAAGACCCACCCCCCUACUCACCGCUGACCAGCCCGGACAGUGGGAGUGCCCCCAUGAUCACCUGCCGAGUCUGCCAUUCGCUCAUCAAUGUGGAAGGCAAGAUGCAUCAGCAUGUAGUCAAAUGUGGUGUCUGCAACGAAGCCACACCCAUCAAGAAUGCACCUCAAGGGAAAAAAUAUGUCCGGUGCCCUUGUAACUGCCUGCUUAUCUGCAAAGUAACUUCCCAGCGGAUUGCCUGUCCUCGGCCCUACUGCAAAAGAAUCAUCAAUCUGGGGCCAGUGCAUCCGGGACCUCUUAGUCCAGAACCACAACCUGUGGGUGUCCGAGUCACCUGUGGACACUGCAAGAAUACUUUUCUGUGGACAGAGUUCACAGACCGAACCUUGGCACGGUGCCCUCACUGCAGGAAAGUGUCAUCCAUCGGGCGCAGAUACCCGCGAAAGAAAUGUGUCUGUUGCUUCUUGCUUGGUUUACUCUUGGCAGUCACUGCUACUGGCCUUGCUUUUGGCACAUGGGAGCAGGCGCGGCAGUAUGGAGGCAUCUACGCAGCCUGGGCAUUUGUGAUCCUGUUGGCUGUGCUGUGUUUGGGCCGGGCCCUCUAUUGGGCCUGCAUGAAGGUCAGCCACCCUGUUCAGAACUUUUCCUGAGCUCUACGAUGACCCACAGACUGUGCCUGGCCUCUCCUGGUGGGGACAGCGACACUACUGAGGGAACUGGGCUGACUCCCUGGGCUUCUCGAAGGAGGUCGAGCAGCUGCCUUCCUUUUCCCUGGGGAGAGAUAGGAAGGACCCAGGCCAUGGCUUGGUUUGGAGGGGUGGAGGAGACCCUGGCCAUCUGCUUCCCUCCAAGGAUUGCUGUUGAGGGCAAAGUAGACAAAGCAUUGCCCUGAUGCCUGGGUCCUUGUGAUGGUUCUAGCCCUUUUCUUCCCGAAUGCUUCCUGAGCCUUUUCCUGUUCCUUAGACAGUCCAGGGCGGCAGGGCUGGGCAGCCCUGGGGGUCCCUUCGGGUCCUUGGCACCACUGGGACCUUGCUGCUGCUAUUGCACUUCACCAGGGGCUGGCUCUGGCCUCAGUACCCUCCACCUCCUCUCCCACAUUCCAUGUCCUAUGAGGGUGGGGUCAGCCGCUGAUUGUACAGAACCACAAGAACUGAUGUACAUAGAACUAUUUAAUUUGGGGUACGUUCCCCUUGUCCUGUAUUUCCCUUAACUCUUCCUUCAAACCUUCCUCACCCCCCAGCUGCAGUAUUUGACUGGGCGGGGUGGGACUGCUGUCUUGGGGGAGGUUAGGAACUCAUCCUGUGCUUGUAAAUAAAUAAGGUCAUGACUCUG